UCUCAUUUCACUUUUCAAUCCAACUUCUAUCGCACAUCAAAAUUAGUAACGAAUAACUUUUUCAUUUCAUUUUUUUUUUCAAAUUUCAAAAGCAAAAAAAAAUUAAAUUAGCUUUCAAAACUGGAAUUAAAAUCAAAAUAGCACGACUUGAACCUGAAAAUUAUGGAAACCAAAGGCAAUAAUGUAGAGAAAGAACUUACUGACAGCAAACAUUUGUCCGUUUCCAACAUAAAAUUAAGUCCAUCCACAAGUUCCAAAGCAAAACUUGGCACACAGAAAUUGAAUUGGAUACCUUCGCCUGAGAAAGAGACUUAUCGCACUGUUGUUGUCAACUAUCGAUAUGCCAAAAUGGAUAAGAACUAUUCGCGGAACACAGGUGCGAUUUCAAAAAAGAAACACUUGAAUCGUAAGGUUGCUAUGGCUGCCAAGCAGAGUGGCGAUGAGGAAGUGGAAGACGAUGAAGACGUACCCGAUUUGCGUAAACUUUACGAAUGUUCAAAAGAAGAAUUGCGCACAUUUAAGAGUGCGGACACGCCAAAACUUUCUUUUGAAAAUAUAACUGACAAACGUCAGACCCCAGCAAAGGAAGCCAUCAAAUUGGAGAUGUAUUGUUUGCCAAGGGAACAAGAAGCCAUAAUAGAGGAGCCACAAAUCAACACCAUUGAAGAAUGUGAAAUUGAAACUGCUACCCUUCAAGGUGACAUAAACAAUGAGUAUGAGACAAAAUCACAAGAGUACACUGACGAAUACGAUACAAGCAAAAUGUCUGCAAAUCACCCGUCCUUUUCCGAUUUCGUAUUUCUGGGAGACAAUGAGAUUGGCGAAACUCCCGACUUUGAUGCUGACUGCUGUUGCGCAAUAGCAAAAGAUAAAGUGGAUGGGACGCAGCAAACUUGUAUCAUUAAGAACACUACGAAGGGAACACAGAAGCCCGAACGGCAUAAUGAACAAUUGCAGACACAUAAAAAAGUAACUGUGUACGAGACAAAAACAGCCGAUCAACCAACCGAUGAAAAUGGUUUACAGCUAGCAAUUGCAGAGAUACCAAAAGAUGGUGGCAAAUCAAAAUCUACACCGAGUCCAGGUGGGUUCCGACAGCGUCAACAGGAACUUCACCGUUAUCGUAUUGCAGUGGAACAAAAACGCUUGGAAUUGCUUGAGGUGAAGUUACAACGCGAGCGCGAUGAAAUGUUGCGCGAACAAAUACUCUUUGAGAAGGAUAUUGAGUUUAAAACAUCCCAAUUACGACAGCUAAACGAGGAUAAAUUCGCCGACAUAAUGUAAAUAUGUAUAAACUUGACCGAGAGGUAAUAAUACAAGACUUCGAAUGUCAUUGCUGGUGGAAAGUCAAUGUACUUCCAAGUGUCCAUCACACGUUUGAAUUUCCAAUCAGCUUUGAUAUUCCAUAGGUCAUAAAAAUGGCCGUCAAUGCUUACGAACGGAUAAAAUGCGAGCCAAAAAAAGGAAGUUAAUAGUAAGUAAAAAUUGGCAAUAAUUAGACUAUAUUUUAUAAUAAUAAAAAAUGCAAAUGCUACCAAAUUUAAAAAAAGUUUGUGAACUCAAAAACUUACAAAAUAAAUGCACAAAUUCACACAGAAA